AUGUCACUAAAGAUACGGCAACUCAAUCAAUUGACAAAAUGUUCACUUAGAUCGUUAACAACAACAUCAACUGAUUCAGCAAUACCAAUAUCAAAACCAAAAGUAACAGGAUCAGGACCGUUCGCAGAAUUUCCAAAUUUCAAAACAAUAGGAAACCCAUCAAACAUACUAUCAGUAUCCUUACCACAAUCAUCACAAUUUUAUAUCAAUACAAGUUCAUUAUUAGGUAUAAAUGGAGAUUUAGACUCUAUAACUUACAAAAGUUUUAAUUUUUUUGGUAAAUUUUUUCAAAUUUUAAAGUCUUCCAAAAGUUCAAAUUUAAUAAUUAAUGGGAAUUUAAAUUACAAAAUUUUAAAAAUUAAUAAAGAGUCAAAUUGGAGUAUCUAUAAUAUAAAUAAAAUUGUAGGAUGGUCAAGAGGCAGCUUGCAGUUCACACCAAAAAACGACACAAGUAUCUUACAAGUCAAAGGAUCAGGUAAUUUAGUAAUUAACGGAGGGGAAGUUUCCAAAAUACUAGAAUUUGAAAUUGACCCCAAAUCAGAAAUACUAAUAAACCCCAUAUCAUUAAUUGCCAUAAAUUCAGCUAAUACAACAUUGGAACCAACUAUAAUUACUCCAAAUAAAUAUGAAUUACAUACUUUAGAUCAUACUUUUGAAUGGCCUUCAUGGUUAGUUCAACCAAUUAAGAAUUUUAAUAAGUCAGUUAGGGAAGUGAGUAAAAAGACUUGGAAACCUGUUAAAGAUACUUUUGAACCUGUCGCUCCUUAUUUAAGACCAGUUUCUCAAUUUUUGGGUAAAAUUUGGAACUUUUUGUAUCUGCAUAUAAAUGGAAGGUUUAUUAGAGCUAAACCAAUUUACUAUAAGAUACAAGGUCCGUCCAAGAUUUUAAUUGAUAAUGAAUUGAUGAUACCAAACAACAAAAUGUUCACAAGUAAAGAGAUUAAUUAUAUUUUCAGUAAACAAUAG